AUUCUAUUAACGCGGACGCAGUUCGUUGAGAACCUUCCGGGUUCAUUGCCCAAAAAAUGUACCACAGUUUCCAUCCAAGUCGUCUCACCUUCAAAUUGCAUUAGAGGGUAUACUAUAAAGCUAUUUUUAUUUUUAAAUGGUUUAAGUCUUUAAAUAGCCGACGCUAUACGCCAAUAAAAUGCUUGAUCAGACAACCGAUCGAUCUACGAGUAAUUUUAUGAACAUCAGAACAUUCGUUUGCCGUCAAUAAUCAAUAACACUGUUCAUUAUUAAAAAAGACAAAAUUUUAUCUUUUCCAAUUCAACUGAUGCAUGUGUCAAUUAAUCUUCCAUUAAUCUUAAUAUACUUUGUAUUGAUCGAUAUUACUUUUGAUGACAUUAACGGAUUGUACAAUACCGAAAACAUAGCAAAAGCGGCCAAACAUUAUAGUCUAACCGCAAUGGCCAUCCGAGUAGGUUUGUCCUUAGAUGAGCCACAAGUUCAGCAAACUAAAUGCUGGGCUUGGAGUAUUUUUCCGUUGAUCAUUUGGACCAGAAUUCUAGGUGUAAACUUAUCGGAUAUUUCGAAUUCAUCCGCCAAACGUCAUCAUUGGCUGAUUAUUGCUUAUGGCGGUUUUUGCCUCUUGUGUCAUUUGGCUGGCCAGAUUGAUAUUUUGUAUUACUUGCAAGGUAAACUGAAGAUAGGUUCUCUCGAACAAAGUGGAGGAUUAAAUUUUGAAACAUCAACCGCUACCUGGAAUUCUAUUAUCGAUUUUAUCAAUUACGCCGUUCAUGGAAUUGGAACUCAUGUGUUAAUGCUGACUGUCAUCCGGAAGCGAUGGAUCAAUUUAAUGGAAACCUUUCGUCGCUCAGAGGAUAUGUUCUCUGAUGAAAGAUACAUUCGAAUUCGAAAAGUAGCUACCUACGGAGUUGCUUAUGUGAUUUUGUUGAUUUUAGGACUUAUCUCUGUUUCCUUGGGACACCACCUGGCUGCGGGGACUACAAGUGGACAUCGCAUUUUCAUAAGCUGCAUGUCCACCAUUUCAAUCAUUUAUCCUUUGACAGCUUUGGUUGUAUUCGCUAUCCACUGCUAUGUGUCGUCUCUCCUAUUCGAGUCAGUCCAGUCUGAAAUUCACCGUAAUGAAAUUCAGCUAAUGAACGGUCGAGAUCAGGAUGUCCGUUUUUUAAUGCUUACCUUCAAACAGCGACACAUUCUGGCUUGUAAAACAGCUGACAGCAUCAACCAUUGUUUCGGAUGGAUUCUCCUGCUAUCAAUAACUUUUUUCUAUUUGGCCGUUAUUAACUCGAGCUUUUAUUUGUUUGGACUGGACAACAUUAUUUCCAUGCCAGACGUAGCUUUUACUACUUUUACUGUCAUUCAUCUAAUUUUCGUGUGCUUCACGGCGGAUCGCGUCCAGAUAAAGGCCGAAGACGCCAUCAAAGAACUCUUCCGUCUUCAGUCCUAUGAAACGUUGAACGGAUCUCAAAUGCAGCUGAUGAAUUCUCUGAUUUCGGAGAUGUCACUAACAGUUCCAAAAAUCAGCGCUAACGGUUGCUUUAAUGUCAGUAAGAAGCUUUUGCCCCAGGUGAUUGGGACAUCGCUGACUUAUUUCUUUAUUCUCUUCCAAUUUGAAGCGUCAGAAAAGAAUGUGACCCUGACUGAAAAUUAAGCCAAACACGCCUGAUAAUUUAAAUUGAACCAGAAAACUUUGUGUAUAGUUCUGGAGAAAUAGCAUAAGCCGGUUAAGUGAUUUCUAAAAGAACCCGGUGACAUUUGAACAAGAACUUCUGUUAUUAUAUUUGUUAACUUGACACAAGCAAACACUCACACGGCAUGGUACUUGGAGUACGCGGAGUAAUUUGAUGGGAACAUAAUAAACUGAUCCAUUCAAUUACUCAACAGUUGGAAAAGAAUUCAAUUUUUUAAAAGUGAAAACAACAAAAGACCGCAAAGGACAUGGCAGUGACCCUUUAUAUAACAUCGCAUGAUGAUGAGCUACAUAUCGCUUUUGUUAGUCCAACCGUUAUGUCUACCCGCACAAGUUCAUUUUCAGAAGAGACGUCCGAACAACAAAUUAUUGGCUGGGCAUGGAGUAUUCGUCCUUUAAUCAUUUGGGCACGUAUUCUAGGCGUGGAUCUCUCAGAUGUUUCACCAUCAUCAGAUCCACAUCAACGGCUGACAGUUGCCUACGGAAUCUUUUGUUUUCUGCUGCACAUAUCCGGUGAAAUCAACAGCAUAUACUACUUGUAUAGCACACAGACUGUACACGUCUCGCUCGAACAAUCGUACGGGCUGCUAUUUGUCACGACAACUGCUACCUGGAACUGGACUAUUGAUUUCAUCAAUUACGUCGCCCACGGAAUCGGAGUUCACGUCAUAUUGGUGACUGUUGUACAGGCACAGUGGAAGGAUCUAAUGAAGAUUUUCCAGCGAUUGCAAGAGGAAUUUCCCGAUGCAAAUUAUAUUCAAAUACGCAGAUUGUCUUUGUUUGGCGUAGCUUACGUCAUUUUAAUGAUUUCCGGACUUGUUGCUGCCUCAGUAACGGACUACCACUUGGCUGCAGGAUCUUCAUCUAUUCACAGCAUCUUUAUCACUAUUACUUCGACCUUAUCAAUCAUUUAUCCUUUGACAACUAUAGUUCUAUUUGCUGUCCACUGCUACGCAUCGUCUGUUGCAUACGCAUUAAUCCGCACAAAAAUCAAGCGCUGUGCAAUUCAGCUAAGGAACGGUCGAGGUCGCGACGUCAGGAUUUUAUUGCUUACUUUGAAAAAUAGAUUCAUAUUGGCCUCUGACACUGUCGAUGGAAUCAACCACACUUUUGGCUGGAUGCUGCUCCUGUCUACGACCUUUUUCUUCAUGGCUAUCAUUAAUGCAAGCUACGUCGUUUUCUCCCUGGAUAAGCAGAUAACUGCAGGGGAUUUGGUGUUUUUAUUAUUUGCCCUAGUUCACUUGACUCUCGUCUGUUUCGCCGCAGAUCACAUUACCAAUAACGCAGAAGAAAUGAUCGGAGAUCUGUUGAGGUACAAAUGUGAUAAAAUCUCGAAUAAGGAAUAUCAAAUAGAGAUGGAAUAUCUAAUAUCGGACAUGUUGCAUGAAAUCCCGCAAAUCAGCGCCAACGGUUGCUUCAACGUCAAUAAGAGACUAAUCCCGCAGGCAAUGAAUAUUUUAUCGUUCAAUGACACUUCUAAAAAAGUGCGUUUUCAUUUAACAGGUGAUUGGAACAACGGCAACUUAUUUCUUUAUUCUUUGCCAGUUCGAAGAAUCCGAAAAGAAAGCGAGUCCUGUUCAAUCAUUUUGACAGGAGGUCGUGAUUAUUCUUACGCGAGUUUCAACAAUAGUUGUCAGGCAGUAGUUAGCCCGUCCUAUUCUGUACGAAAAAAAUGUUAAAUAAAGGCAAA